UUACACUGUGUCUAAACAUUCUGUAUAUAUAAUCCCUUUUCUAUUUUGAAAGGUGCUUAUGCACGGUUUUAUCAGUGUGUGACCAUGUACUGUCUACGGGUCAUAAUCGCGGGUGCCUUGGCAGCUAUUUUAGCUUUUAACCGUGCCUGUGAAAGCACUAGAAGUGUUUUGAGGAGUCCCGCAUGUCUUUCUCCCGUCUUUCUCGAGCUUAGGGAGGGUCUCUCAAGUUUGCGCCACCGCCGCAAGAAAUCCAAAAAGUCUCGUCGCAAGGGUAACAAGGACGGUGCCAAAUCUGAUGAGUCUGCUGACUCUGGUAAGUCCACGGAUGCUGACAAGGAAAAGAAGGAGGAGUCUCCUAGCUCCAAGGAUGAUGUGACCAACUCAUCUACUUCUCCAGUCGAUGAUAAAUCAAAAUCUGAGGAAGAGAAGAAGUCAUCUGAGGAACAGAAGGAUGACAGCCACAGCAACUCCGUAGACAACUCAGAGGUUAAGAAGAGCGAUUCCGAGGAGCACAAUGACGAGAACAAGCCGCAUGAGGAAGAGCACAAGGAUGAGAAGUCACAUGACGAUGAUCACAAGGAUGACAACAAGUCACAUGAGGAAGAGCACAAGGAUGACAAGGAAGCUACAGAUGAGCAGAAAAACGACUCUGUAUCUACUAGUGACAACACAAGCAGCUCAUCUGAUGACAAAGAGACCAAGAGUGAUGACACCUCCUCAUCUGAUGACUCUAAGGAUUCUAACAGUUCAUCUGAUUCCGCAUCGAGUGUUAGCAGUGACAGCUCUGAUAAGGACAGCACUCCCUCUACUGAGUCAUCGGAUGACAAGAAGGACGGUGACAAAUCAGAUACAUCUGCGGACAGCGAUUCCCAUUCGGAUACCAAGGAACCCGUCGCAGUGUCCUUAUUAGAGGAACGCAACCACCCCGUGGAACAUGCUGAGCACGAGUCCUUCCACCACCACCAGUUAGAUCUGGAUGAUGACAAUUCCAUGAAUGAAGUUGAUAAAAAUGAAACUACCGAGCAGAAGACUAUGGACAAGCACCACGUAGAGAACACCAACGCGACCGAGAAUGAACGAUCUUCUGAGGACAACGUCGACAGUACCGAGGAUUCCACAGAGAAACCAACUAACAACCACGCAGCAAAUGUGGAAGAGCACUCCGACAAUCUGGAACAGGAUAACGCCAUAGAGGCCAAAUCUGAGCACAAAGAGGAAUCCAAAACCGAAGAGAACACCGGCAACUCUGAUGAUGCCCAAAUCGAGGAGGUACCUUCAAAGGAAGAGAGGUCUGUAAAGGAAGAGCACACUUCCCAUGCUGGCGAGGUUCACCACUCGGUCCAUGACAAUGCUGUACACAGGGAACACACCCACGCCCACACCAACCACGUUGAUCACACCCGUGUUAACCACGUUGAUUCCCACGAGCCCAAAGAGGCUCCCAAGAGCGUUGAUGUCGAGUCCAGUGACGAGACUGUCAACUGUGCUGAGGGAUCAAACUGUGAACACAGCAAGGAACCCAUUGAGUCUCAAGAGGAAAUCAAGGAACACAAACACGCUGCUUCAAACUCGAACGAGCAUGCUCAUGAGCAUUUCAAACAUGAGCACCACCACGACGAAUCUGGUCACAAGCACGAAUCACACAUGCACUCGGCUCACAGCAAGGUAUCUGAUUCCGACGGUGACAUCCCACUAUUUGACUUCCAGCAACCCGACAGGACUUGCUCCAUCGACUGCGUAGACACUUGCCAAAGUGCAUUGGGCGGUAAGAAUCAAUGUAUGGCUGAAGGUGUCGACGGUACUACUUGCGCCCCCUUCCACGACGCCACCAACAUGGAGUGUGACGCUAAAAUGAAGCCCUGUGUGAUGCCCAGGGUGGAUGCAACUCAGAAGUAUGAAAUUCAAGGAAGCACACGUGACAAUCCUCAGCCCGAUAGGUUCACUAUUCUCGGUAACAACUUCAACAACUGCGUUUCGCUAUUGCUCACGAUUGAGCGCCAGUCUUGCAACAAGUUGUACGUUAACAACAACAUUACUAUGACUCGCCAAGCUUUAUCUCCUGACUACAAGGUUGAGCGAACAACGGACGCUCUCAUCUUCACUAACGUCAAGGUGUACAUGCCUGGUAUUUACCGCGUUUGUCUUUAUCAGCAGUACGAGCGUCCUACAGCCAGGUUUUCUAUGUUCGCCAUGUUGACUGGAUGGUUGAACUUCUUCAAACCUGCAAGUGAUGACAACCCGGUGCGUACUGUGUACAGCAUUGAUGCCGGUUUGUUGUUUGUCCACUAGGUGUUGCUAGAUCGUAGUCGACACUCAC